AUGUGGAAAAUCAAACAUACUUCAUCCUUGAACACUAAAGGAAAUAAUCCUUUAUUUAGAUGGAUAAGUUUUCCUCUAAAUUUCAAAUCUGCCAAUUCAGAUUCAGGUAUGUUAUUGUUCAUUCAGUUUUGCACAACAAAUCUGGGUUUAUUUUUGAUUUGUAUACAGGGUGAUUCACUAAGUAUGCUCACCCCAUUUUUUUGGUUAAAUUUUGCAUGUAUUUAAAUUCUGAUUUUUGGAAUUUUUAAGUGUAAUUAAAUCCGGUAUUUUCGAAUACUUAGAUUGUUCAUAUUUAAGAAGUAUCCAGUGGCGAUAUAAGUUUUUAAAAUAAGAACCUAUAUUAAAAAUCGUAUAAAUAGAUGGAUUAAAUACAUUUUAGUGUUCAAAUGUUUAAUACCCAUCUGUCAAACCGAUGAUGAGAUAUUCGAAUUUUUGACAAUAGGACAGUAGUGGAAUACUAAUAAAACGUACCAUCUAUUCAAUUAAACAUGAGUAAAGCAUGUUUAUAUGCACAAAAAUAGAUGGCACCACAUAGCCAUCUCCCAGAUCGUCUACAUUAACAACACACUCGGCGGCCAUAUAAUACUAGUACAGUUGCCACACUUAUCUAUAUGUAUGUACGUAUUUUCAUAAUAUUGGUUUAUCAUUGCUUACACAGAGUUACACUAAAUUACCUAUAACAGUGGUUGCUCCAGUAACCAUUAUACGCCUUUUUUUUUAUGUGAACACUUUUUUUACCAUAUUACUUACUCCGAUGUAUACAAUAUAGACCCUUUUUUAUAAAUAUUUACAACACCAGAGAAAAAUUUAAAGAUGAAGGAUACGUUUUAAUUCCGUUUAACAAAAUGGUAUUAAUAGUCCUCCCGACAGAAGAAACUAUUAUAACAUUUAUACUAAUGGAGUUACUACAUUUAAUGGCAAUUCAUUCGCAAAGGUGGAAAAUGUUCAAUUUUUUUCAGAAAUAUUACGAAUUAUGGAUGAUUCACCUUUUAAUCAGAACGAUAUACAACAAAUCAUUGAAAUAACCAUGCAAGAAAUAAAUGGCUAUGUUAAGGUUACACAGUGUCAGCGUUUGGAAGAAAUACUGGACAAAUCGGAAUUAGUCAUAAUUGGAAUAAAACAAAUGCGUCACAGAAACAAAGUUCGUUACAUAUUGCAGUUUGAUAGCCUGGAUUCAUUGUAUGUCUCAACUUUCUGGUUGGAGAAAAAAUGUCAGAUGUUAAAAUAGAUUUAAAUUAUAAGAUCAAAUUAAGAUGGAUAGAAUUAAAACUACUGCUAGUGAAAAUAAAGAAAGGCGGGUUUUUUGUGUAUAAUAAUGUAUAAUAUAUGUAUAAUUAUUUUGUAAUGUUAAAAAAAAUAAAUAAGUAUAUACCUACAUAAAUUUUGUCUUUUUAUUUUUAAAAAAAAAUCUUUCCAUUAAGGUUAUAUAAAUGUAGCAUAAUACAUAAAAUUAGUUGAAACUGGGUAGUUGAAAGUAUAGUAAUGUUACUUUCUUACCUAUAUGAUGUUACAGCAGUAUUGAUUUUAGAUUUUCUUUGAAGAUACACCACUGGCAUGGGUGGCUGUUAACAAAUAUUAUAAUUUGCACUGGCUUUUGAAAAAUCUCCGAGCACCACUGCUUGUGCCUAAAACUAUAUUAAUAUACCAAUACUUUACGUUAUAGGUACCUACCUAUAAAUUAUGUUAAAUGUUUAACGCGAUUUUUAUGUUUUUGAACCGUAGGUAUUUAUGGUAUUUUGUCUGUCCGCUACGGAAGUUAUUUUUCUUAUUAUUUAAUUUUUUUUUUUAUAAUAACGAAAAACGAUUUUAUUAAAAUCGGAACUUUCGCAUCUAUACUAUCGUCUAUUUAUGUAAAUACACGAAUAUGUUUAUAAAUACUGAAUACGCUGUUAUAAUGCGAACAAUUGAUAGAUACCUAAAACUUAACGUCAACGGUAUAUGGGUUUUGAGAUGAGGUCCACAGAACGUAGGACGUACGUCAAAACUACACUGUAAAAUAUCCAUAACGCCGGUCGUCGUAACGUUGGCAAAUAAAUACCGUUGGCAAAUUAAACACCCAAACAAAUCAACUGUUGCUUCGUGGAUACGGUCGCCGGAAAAGUUAACGAGAGCCCGGAAACCGAGUAAACAACCUUAGUGUGCGAUCCGAACAAUUAGGUAAGAAUAAUAUUAAUUAAGAAUAUCAAAUUUAAAGUCCAAUAUAUCUAAAAGUAUAGUUUUUGUUUUUAGCUUUUUCAUUUCCCUGCACAUUCACGCGAGUCUUUGUCUUCGUAUAUUUUCCAAUUAUAUGAUCAACAUGAUGUCCACCGUGGUUUCGUUAGUAGAGAGCAUGCUUUUCACGGCGAUUUUGACGUUACUGGUACUGUGUUGGCUAAGCGAAAAAAAUACGAACAUUGCCGUCGGAGUAUGGAACACAAUCGUUCUAAUAAGGUACGCGCGUGUAUCCGAAAAACCGUUUUAUGUUGUUUUUUGUCCGUUUUAAAAUAAGUAAUCGGUGUCUUACAUCGGGCGAAUCACCUCGUCAUCGCUACCCGCCGGCAAAUAAAAUGGACGAUAGUGGUCUGCCUUUUCCGUCAUUCGCGGGUUAUAUCCUAUAAGAUAUGUACGUGAAAAAUAUCGUUUCCCGUGUUCACGACUAGCCUGGAUUUUUAUUCAGAUUUAAAUAGCUCGGCGUAGGUACCUAGGAUUGUAUUCACUGAUGAACGGUAUGAUAUAAAUUCGACUAAAGUCAUAAAAAAUUACAGCUGAAUGUAGAUAUAGCUGANUAUACUCUAUAGUAUAGAAACUAUAAAGGAUUUUUAGAAAUAUGACCAUCGAUGAUCGGAGCUCGCACUUAAAUUGCAUUCCUUAAAAUACGGAAAUUACCGAUUUAGUUGUUUUGUUUACUUUUGGAUUACAUUAUUUUUGCAUAUGGGAAAACAACUGUACUACUUUAAUUUUGUUUUAUUUUUUAAUCUGAGUGUCGUCAAAUAAUCAGCGGGCAUACGACUUGUCACUGGCAAGGCCGUUGCCUUCACACCUUACACAUAUAAGUAAACAUCUUUGCAUAGAGUUUUCUGUACAGAAAAUUCGAUCUGUAUUUUCCGGAGUAUACGUUGAAAAUACCUGCUCGAUUUGCGUCUUUACUAAUUAUAUUUAUUAUAAUAUAUUUGGUGUGUGUUGGACAUUAUUGUAAUACCUAUUAGAUUUAUGAGUAUUAAAUUUAAUUACAGAGACGCUUGGCAUUUGAUAGUUAAGGAUGUGUACACCACGUUUAAAGAUGAGGAUCCGGUCGACGAAGAACCUGAUUUAGUGGUUUAUUUCAGUGAUCAAUCUGGUGAUCAAAUUUCGUGCUCCAUGACGGCUGACCUGGUUUCACGGUCGUUCCCCCUUUGCCACUUUCCAUUUCCACAGGGAGGAGAAAAUACCGCCCAGGAACUCGGUAAACAUACAUUAAAAAAAUACAAAUAUACACCUAACUCCUAAUAAAUUAUUUUUGACUUCAUGUAGAAGAAGUCAUGAGAAACAUGCAAGUUGUUGAUUUGACAAUAAAAAGAGUACAACCCGUCGAAAAUAGCAUAAACUAUUUGCAGUUUAUUUUUUUUGAUUUGAAUUUGGGAAAGGGAAUAUUAUCGAUAUUUGUUGUAAGUAUUUAAUUUUGAUUUGAGUGUUUAUAUUUUUCAUCUUAUGUUGCAAUUAAACUUAUUUUUACUACUUUUGAUCAAUAUUUAUUAAUUCAUCUUAAAAAAAAAAAAAAAAUAAUAAAAUAAAAUGUAUGUUACAAUGAGACCAUAAAGUAAUGUAAUUUAAAAAAAUGAAAUUGUUUUAAUAUUUCGCAGGAAAUGUUUGAGUAUGUUGAUUUUCAUAUUCUUGAUCAGUUGGAUUGUUUGCAUUAUCGUAUUGACGAUUCAGAAUUGGAGAUUGUUUCUAUACUUAAUGGGGAAUUAAUAGUCCUGGAAAUGAGACUGUAAGUGGUUUUCUAAAGUUUUAGUAUAAAUAAUUACACUUAUCGAUUAAAUUGUAUAGUAUGUGUUUUUUUUUUUUUAAUUUAAUCAUAGAAACGUUUGUCAAGUGAUAAUAAAUAACGAGUGGACCACGGGCAAAAAUGAGGAACCGGAUGUCGAAGAACCCGAGUCGGUGGAUUCUUUCGAUAAUCAGUCUUGUGUUCAAGCUUCGAGUUCUUCGACGGCUGACCUCGUUUCACCGUCGUUCCCCCUUUACGUUUGGCCCUCAGAGACAGGAGAUAAUGCCGCUAAAAUUAUCGGUACAUAUAUAUUCUAGGAUAGACUUCUGUAUAAAAACUAUGACUAACACUUACCUGCCUCCUUAUAAAUUAUUGUUGAUUUGAUGUAGACGAAUCCUGCAUGGAGACAAUAAUUCGAGUGGUCAAUUUGACAAUUAGGAGAGCACAACCCGUUGAAAAAGCUUUAAAAUAUUUUCAAUUUAUUUUAUUUGAUUUGAAUAUGGGAGAGGUAAUAAUACUAUCGAUACUCGUUGUAUGUAUUUAUUUUUUUCAUCUUGUUACAUUUAUUUUUAUUUUGACUAUUUAUUUUAUACCAAUAUUUCAUAAUUUAUCGUAGAGAAAAAAAAAUGUAUUUAUUACAAGGUGAUCUGAGUUAUGUAAUUUAAAAAAAUUAAUUGUUUUAACAUUUCGCAGCAAAUGUAUAGGCGUAUUUAUUGUCACUUGCAUGAUCAGUUAAUUUGGUGGUAUUAUCGUAUUGGCGAUUCGGAAUUGGAGAUUGUUGGGAAACUUUAUGGAGGGUUUAUAGUCCAUGGAAUGAGACUGUAAGUGGUUUUCUAAAGUUUCAGUAUGAAUAAUUACACUUAUAAGUUAGAUUACAUAAUAUGUGUUUUUUAGCAAUUUACCGGACGAAUGGAAGCCGAGUGCUAGAAUGGUAUUAAACCAUUUAGAAAAUGAUGAUAGUCAUUAUUUAAAUUUUGCCCGAUCCGCGUUCAAACAGUUAAAUCAAGAUUUACCGAAGAAGUAUUCACAUCUAAUCAAGGUGUGUUAAAAAAAAAAAAUUACUGUUAAUGUAUUAUUUUAUACUUAUACAAUUUCUUAGAAUAAUUAAUCGAAUUAAUAUUCGAUUCACAGAUUAAACAAUAUAGCAAAUAAUAAUAUAUUAGGCAAUGGGAUAGCCAAUAAGUAUCGCAAAUUAUCAUUUUCUUACCAGAAACUCGCGGUAUUUACAAAACUCAGAUACGAUUUACUUAACGAUCACUACUACCAUAUUAUGUUCUUAAAAUAUGGUGGUAGGUAACACUCGAAUAGUGGAAGAAAACUGAGAUUUUGGUACGGCGAAAUGAUUCUCGUGAUAAUCUCUUACUAAUAUAUUGUAUUUUGCUACUACAAAAUAUGCAUCUCGGGAGACUACAGGCGUUGGUUCUGGUGAAUUUUUACGAUAUUAUAUAUACCAAACAUACCGUAGGUAUAGAUAGCUAACAAUAAGUAAUAAAAUGCCAAAAAUAAAAUAAUUUAUCAAUAAAUAAAUAACCAUUUUGUGUUAGUGAAACUAUAAAAAUUGUCUCACAAAAGAUAUUAUUAUAACCAAACGUACCUAAUAUUUAAUAUACCUACUUUUAUUUUCAGGAAAUGAUGGAUAAGCCACGGACAAACAACAUACGAAAAAAGAAGCCUAUUGUCCUACCGUCCUACGCUUAUAGCUAUAAGUAUUUGUGA